UAGGAUUUCGAUUUAAGUAGGGCUAGUAAAUUACGGUAACACGCUGGCCAUUGCCUUUCUCCUCCUUCCGCUCGUUCCCAAAUUUAGGAUAUAUCGACCAGUCGUUGCUGGAUAAGGAAUCGACGGAACCAUCGGCGUGUGACGGAUAGAGGGAGGAGAUCGGCGGUGGGGGCUUUGGUGCAAAUCUCCUAAAUCCGCUGAACUACCGGCUUUACUGAAUCCGCGAUUUACACCGGAGCGUAGCUAAUUCAAGGACCUUCUUAGAUUAUAAGAAUAAAUUGAUUAUUGCUACAUUGCUCAUCAGAUUGAGGAGCUCCAUGGUUUGGCUUGGUUUCAAAAUUUGAAAUUUUUUUCUCAAAAUCUUCUAUAGUAGGUCCUAAUUUAUCGGUAUUUAAGCGUUUAUUCUUGGUCUCACCUGCUUUAUUUUGCUCAAAGGCUUAAAGCAGUACAUAAAGUUAUAAUUGGAGUUAAUAUUUCUAUAAAUGAAGGUAUCAUUUGUGCUAAAUUCAGAUAAAUCCUCUGCGACAUUGCAUCCCCAUAUAUAGUGUUCUAUUUCACCAGGCAGUGUUCAUGGCAUCAACAUCAGGGAGAAGAACAGAUUCAGUCAAAUAUGUGCUUUUUAUAUAUGCAUGUGAGGAUCAUGUAGUGCUUUGUUGACCUAAUUGCCUUAAACAAGGAUCUUCUUGUUUAUCUUAUGGAUAUUUGACAAGAUUAAUGCUUUUGAAGAAAGGCAACAUUUAAUUUCAUCCUGUACAGAAAGUCUGAAAAGAUGGCCUCAAGUUUGCAAAUUCUUAUUUCGUCAUUGCUUAUAACUAUUUUAGCAAGUAGUUCUGCUAUUGCAAAAUCAGACAUGAUAGUUCAAAGGACGAUAAGUGCUCCUCGGAGGGAUAUAGAGAGCACAGUUAUUGAUGGGACGGGCAAAGAGGUUGGACUUCAUAGUCUCGGGGUUCUUUUUGAAGGAUUUGAUGAGAGGAAAGUUGGUAGCAACAAAGUUUCAGUUUUUACAGUUGCUUGGCUUACCCUUGCCAUGGCUGCUGCAACAGGCUUGGGUGCAGUUCCUUUUUUCUUUGUGGAGUUAGAGCCUGAAUGGGCAGGUGUUUGCAAUGGUUUGGCUGCUGGAGUUAUGCUGGCUGCUAGCUUUGAUUUGGUGCAGGAAGGGCAGAGCUAUGGUGGUUGCAAUUUGGUGGUUAUCGGAAUUAUAAGUGGAGCGGUUUUUAUUUUACUUUGUAAGAAGGUUCUUGAAAGAUUUGGUGAAGUAAGCAUGCUAGACAUAAAAGGUGCUAAUGCGAGUAAGGCUAUAUUGGUCAUUGGAAUAAUGACAUUGCAUUCCUUUGGCGAAGGUUCAGGGGUUGGGGUGUCAUUUGCUGGUUCAAAAGGGGUUAAUCAAGGACUUUUUGUGACUCUAGCAAUAGCUGUGCAUAAUAUACCUGAAGGUUUAGCUGUUAGUAUGGUUCUUGCAUCACAGGGGAUCUCCCCUCAGAAUGCCAUGUUCUGGAGUUUCAUCACAUCUUUGCCUCAGCCCAUUGUUGCUGUUCCAUCUUUUCUCUGUGCGGAUGCUUUCCACAAAGUUCUACCAUUCUGUACCGGUUUUGCUGCUGGAUGCAUGAUAUGGAUGGUGAUUGCAGAAGUUCUUCCUGAUGCCUUCAAGGAAGCCUCGCCGUCGAAAGUAGCUUCAUCUGGCACACUUGCUGUGGCAUUCAUGGAAACUCUUAGCACAGUUCUUCAAGCUUUUACUGGCGGCAACAGUUUGGCAGAUACUUCUGGCUUCAUCGUCUCACUAUUGUUCGGUCUCGGCCCAUUCAUUGGAGGCAUCAUUCUUAUCAAUUUUUCUCUUUUCUUGCACCUGCCGCACCCUCUCCUCUCCGGCAUCUCCUCUGGCAUUUCAUUCCUCAUCGCUGCUUGGAGACCUCUUCAGCUACUCCUAUCCUCAAAGAUGAGUUUUUUCACCCUCGCUCUUCUUCUCGCCGCCGGUUCUGCUUUCUUCCAUGUGUCCAUGUCUACUUUCUUGAAGUUCGGCCGCCAUAAGAAAUCUUCCGUCAAUGAUCUCCAAACAUCCGGCCUAUCUUUGAGCAUGCUAACCCUCCAAUCCAUCUUUGCCUGUGUUGCAAUCUCAUUACACGCCUUCGCCGAAGGUCUGGCGCUUGGUGUAGCCGCCCCGAAAGCUCACGGGCUUGGCCGCCACCUGGUGCUCCCAGUUUCGCUCCAUGGUCUCCCACGGGGGGCGGCCGUUGCGAGUUGCAUCUUUGGCGCCACCGAUAGCUGGAGGGGGGCUCUAGCUGCUGCGGCAAUGACCGGCCUCGCAGGACCCAUCGCUGCUAUUUGCGCUAUACUUGCCGGAUUAGACUACAAUGGGCUGGAUCACUGGAUGGUUUUCGCCUGCGGAACUUUGAUUCCGAGCUUCAGAAUUGUGUUUAAGCGAGCGAUGAGGUUGGAUAAACUGAAGAGCAUUUAUGGCCUUUCGAUGGGGCUUGGAUUUGCUUGUAUGUGUUUGAUGUCCACCAGACUUGUCUGCCUACACACUCCUUACUGCAACUCAGCUCCAGAAGCUGUCACAUAAGUCUCAUGGAUGAUGCUUUUAGGUAAUUUCUGCGCCAUUGUUUGGUUUUCUGGAUAUUAUUAAUCCUAUUGAAUAUUAGUAAUUCUUUAGAAGGAUUAAUUUAGAUUUAGAUUGAAUGGUAGCUUGGAUGGAUGAUUGACAUGCGGGGCCCAGUUGUUUACUACUCAUUUUACAUUGAGGAUAAUUGUGCAAUAUAUAGGUUAGGUUGGAUAUAUGCGUUAAAGAAAUGAAUGUAUAUGAUAAACUGUUAUGAAUGCUGUUGAUCUCAAUGGAUUUUUCU